AUAGAGCGACGAAAAUGGUGAAUUGAUGGGCGGAUCACCCGUAGAUCUUUAUGGAGAUGGAAGAGGUUAAAUAUAGGUAAGUCCCCGCGCUGGGAUUGUUUGGUCUCCGAGAGAUCGCGAUGACUGGAACCGCGUGGCUUGGCAUGUUUCCAUGAUGUGCAUGGUUGUUGCACAUACCUGCCAGGGCACUUUAUCACCCCCCCCGGUUCAAGGGUCGACUGCGCCCUUUCGGGCCAGACGGUCAGGCAAACAACCAGCCAGCGAGGCAGGCAGACAUUCCUUUUCUUUCCGUUCAACAUCUGUUCAAUCCUCCCACUUCAUCUUCCCAUCCGACAAACGGGACGAUGAUUACGGGUUACUUUCUUUUCACGCUCCUCCUGACGGCUGUCGGUGCUGCCAGUGUUUCUGAUCUAGUUGGGACCUGGACUACGAAGUCCCGCAAGGUUGUGACAGGUCCGGGAUUCUAUGACCCCAUCAACGACCGAUUUCUAGAGCCGAAUCUGACCGGCAUUUCGUACUCUUUCAAUGAGGAUGGGUCCUAUGAAGAGGCCUACUAUCGUGCCAUUGCCAAUCCACAGGAUCCAGCUUGCCCCAAGGGCUUGAUGCAGUGGCAGCAUGGCACUUACACCGCGCAGAGUGAUGGAUCCCUGGUAUUGACCCCAUUCGCGGACGAUGGACGCCAGCUGGUAUCGGAUCCAUGUGCUUCACCAUUGACCUCUUACACGAGAUAUAAUCAAACAGAGACGUUCAAGUCUUUCACCGUCUCGGUCGAUCGGUAUCAUGGCGUCCAACGUCUGGACUUGUACGCUCAUGACGGGUCGCCAAUGCAUCCCAUGUACCUUGUGUAUAGGCCACCACAAAUGCUACCAACGAGGGUUCUAAACCCGAUCGACCCCAAGGCUAAGAAGCAAAAACGUCACAUGAGUGGAGAUACCAAGUCGACCUUCAGCUUGAAGGGCCUUGUGCCAACGCAGAAAAUCAUCGAGCCCGAUCGCUUGUUGUGGCUCGGUGUUAUUAUGACUGCCGUCGGAGGAAUAACCGUGUUUUGCACGUAGACUACAACCAGAUUGUUCGGCGGUACGAGACAAUGGCUAGGCGAAUAGGACGGUAUCUGGAGUUCGGGCUACGGAUAAUAACACGGGGCACCAGGGUAGAACACAGCGAUUUUGUUUGGGACACAGACAACAUCUGGUAAGGCGCUGGAAGGAUUUCUUUGUUGGAAUAUUACACGGCCACCGCGCAUAUGAAAGCUUAAUCUCAACGCGAACACUUAUUUAUCUG